AUGUAUUUGGAUUUAUUAAUAUUGUUUUCUUAUUUUAUUUUUACUAAUGAAAAACAUUUCAAUGGAGGUAGUAUAACAUGGGCAUCUAUUGAUCCAUAUGAUAAUGAUACGUCAGUUGUCAUCAGUAUUACACAAACAUAUUCAUGGACAUAUCCAUAUGUACAAUGUAAAAACAAUGUACCAAUCACAACAACUGCAUUUAGUGCUUCAACUACUAACCUUAUCUGUAUGGUUGAUUGUUCUACUGAUGGUGGAUAUUCUACUGCACCCAUCAAUAUUCUCACUGAUUGUAUAUGGACUAGUUCAGCAUUGAAAAUGAUGACAAGUACACGAUCGAACAAUAUUACAUUAUCUGCUGGUGCCCAUUUUUAUUUAGCAUACACAGGAACUGCAUGGGCACCUUUGAAUGAUCCUUCCCAAGCAGCUCUUCAAUGGUCUAUUGUAACAUUCAUUGAUCUUCGCAAACGACUAGAUGGUAUCAUUAAUACAGCACCUGUUGCACAAUUUGUUUCUCCACAAUAUGCUAUUGUAAAUCGAACAACACAAAUAACUAUUCCUGUAUCGGAUGCCAAUGUCAAUGAUGAUGUGCGUUGUCGAUGGUCAGUAUAUAUACCAGGAUAUCGAAGACGAAAACGAUCAAAUGAAGAAAAAGAGCAUUUUCAAUAUCAAACUGAUCUUCAUUUAUAUAAAGACCUACCGAACAAUAGAGAGAUGAGUCAUAUUAGAGAGAAAAGAGCUCCUUGUGGUUCUGGAGCUGGAGGUGGUCCUAGUUGUAUUACUUACUGCUCAAAUGGUUGUACCUGUCAGUGUGGCAACUGUAUACCUGCUUUAUGUACUGGUUCGACCUGUAAUCUAAUUGCAGGUUGUCAGAAUGCAACUGUGACAACAACCACUACCACGACUAUCGAAACUAUAGGAACACUAAGAUCAACUUCAUCGUACCCCAUCCGUCAGGCAAUCGAUGAAUGUGGUGAUAUUUGUUAUCCUAGUAGUUUGCCUAGUAGUACAACACUCUCCAAUUGUACUAUCACAUUCACAGGUCCAAAAGCUGGUAUCUGGUAUGGUAUUGCUAUUCAGGUUGAAGAUUUUAUUGAUACGACAAGUACAACACCUCUGAGUUCAGUGCCAGUACACAUGUUAAUCUAUGUUCUACCAGUACCAGUCUGUUCUAUCAAGCCAAUUAUUUUGCCUUUGACUGGUUGUCUUGAAGUACAAGUUGGCAUCACAAUUAGUUUCAAUAUAUCUGCAAUGAAUUUAUGUAAUUCAACUAUAGCGACACUUACUGAUAUUGUUGUUUCAACUAAUAUCAAUGGUUUAACUAGUAGUAAUCUUACAAGUUCAUUAACGAAUUCAUCGAUUUCAUACAUAACAUUUAGUUGGACACCAGGAACAAAUCAAGUUGGAUUUCAAACAUUAUGUUUCAUUGCAUUUACAAGUGAAAAUUUACAAUCUACUCAAUACUGUGUCAAAUUUACUGUGAAAAAUUCUGCAGACAUUUGUGUGACAACAACAAUUUCAACUUCAACUACUAGUUCGACUUCAAAAACUAUGACAACCACUACUUCUACAACAACAACAUCGGCAACAACAUCAAAAACAACUACUACGACGAUCAGUACUUCAACAUCUGCUACAUCCACGACUUCGACAAUCUCAACAACCUCGACCACUUCCACAACGUCGGCCAGCACUACAACUUCAACAAUGUCGACUAGUUCAACCAGCUCGACAACAUCCACAACUACAACAACGUCAACAAUCUCAACCACAUCCACGACGUCGACAACAUCGACUUCACAAAUAUUCAACUUCGAAUCACGAAAUAAUUUAUCUCUUCUCUUAGGAUUAGGACUAGGAUCAGGUGAUGAUACAGCUGCAAAUGAUUCUCAAUUUGCAUGCUCUCAAUCAUCCAAUAUUUUCGCAUCGAAUGGUGGUCCAUGGGGCGAUGGGAAAAUAAUGAAAUAUUGUCCUCCAUCAACAGCUAUCUGUGGAUUUUCACUAAAAUUAGAAAAUAUACAAGAGGAGGGAGAUGAUACAGCGGCAAAUGAAGCAAAAUUCGAAUGUUGUACUUUAUGA